AUGCGCCUGCUGGCCACCGGUAGAGCCCUGCGCAUCAGCAGCGGCAGAUGGUCAAUUGCCCCCUCCGCCCGGAGCGUCCGCAUUCCGCUCUCGCAGCCUCCGACCCAGCUCGCCCUCGGCCGCAGAACCUGGAGCUCUACAGCGCCUCGCAGGACAUCGGACCAGGCCAACACGGACCGCAAACCAGUCGCUUCGUCUUCAUCACCCGCCGCGAGGAAAUCGCUCGAGAUCGAGGGCAAAUCCUACCCGACCGACGAAUGGACCAACACUCCUGACACGAUCCUCUCGCAUGUCGGACGCAGACUAUACCUCGAGAAGAACCACCCGCUAGCCAUCAUCCGUGAACUACUCGAGAGCGAGUUCCCGGGUCCAGCAUACGGCAACUACCACGAGAAAGACCCCGUCGUGUCAACAGUGAACAACUUCGACGUGCUAGGCUUCCCACUGGACCACCCAGGCCGCAGCCGCACCGACACCUACUACAUCAAUGACAAGACGGUACUGCGCACCCACACCAGCGCGCACCAGCAGGCGUAUUUCCAACAGAUCAACCGCAACGAGGCCACCAAGCCUGAGGAGACGGGGUACACCGUGGUCGCGGACGUCUACCGCCGCGAUGCCAUCGACCGCAGCCACUACCCCAUCUUCCACCAGAUGGAGGGCGCCAUGCUCUGGAAACGCCCGGACGUCGACCCGCUCAAACACUCCGCCGAAACGGCCGCCACGAUCACCGACGCCCUCAACCGUAUCCCGCCCCACGAUGUCGUCGUCGAGGACCCCAACCCGACCAUCCACCCGGAGCGCAACCCCUUGCAAUCCGCCCACCACAGCGAAGAAGAAGUCGAGGCCAUCGCCGCGCACCUGAAACGGUCGCUCGAACGCAUGGUCAUCAAGAUCUUCUCCGAAGCCAGCAAAGCCACGGCAGCCGCCGGAGGCGCCGAACCCGAACCGCUCAAGGUCCGCUGGGUAGAGGCCUACUUCCCAUUCACCAGCCCGUCCUGGGAACUAGAAGUAUUCUGGCAAGGCGACUGGCUCGAGGUGUUGGGCUGCGGAGUGAUCAAACAGGAACUGCUCAACAACUCCGACGUGCCGAACCGAGUCGGCUGGGCCUUCGGUCUGGGCCUCGAACGCCUUGCCAUGCUCCUCUUCAACAUCCCGGACAUCCGCCUCUUCUGGUCACGAGACGAGCGCUUCCUCUCACAGUUCCAAGCCGGAAAGAUCACCCGCUUCGAACCCUUCUCGAAACACCCUGCCUGCUACAAAGACGUGGCCUUCUGGCUGCCCACCGCGGCAUCCGGCAGCUCCGCCGGCGGCGCGACCUCCGUGCACGAGAACGACAUCAUGGAGAUCGUGCGCGGCAUCGGCGGCGACCUCGUCGAGGACGUGAAACUCAUUGACGAAUUCACGCAUCCGAAAACGAACCGCAAGAGUAUGUGCUAUCGUAUCAAUUACCGCAGUCUGGAGCGUACUUUGACCAAUGAGGAGGCGAAUGAACUUCAUGAUAAGGUGCGCGAGAAACUCGUGGGUCAGUUGAGUGUCCAGCUGCGAUGA